GGAUAACUGGUAGAAGAAGGAGUUUGUGGUUGAAGCUAGAGAAAUUAGCCCUAAAUGUACAACUCAACAAUUUGCAGUUUUAUGCUUAGUGCUGAUUAUAUUUUGCAGCCUAGGAUGGUAGUUGUAAGGCAGUCAUCAGUAUCAUGCACAUUGAAGAAUCAAAGUGUGAGAAUCGGACACUGCACGAAGGUACCAAGGAAUGAAAACUUGGAGAAACUGCAACAUGGUUAUUUAUUUCCUGAGAUUGAAAGACACGAGCUUAGGCACUUAAGGAUGUAUCCAAAUGCAAAUGUGAUAGACCUCGGAAUUGGUGAUACCACACAACCCAUACCAACACUUGUAACAUCUAGCAUGGUUGAUUUCGUGCGUGGCCUUUCAACAGUAACAGGUUAUAAAGGAUAUGGACCUGAGCAAGGUGAAAAGGCCUUGAGGAAGGCAAUUACCGUUGCAUUUUACAAAGAUUUUGGAAUAAAACCUUCAGAGGUUUUUGUUUCAGAUGGUGCACAAUGUGAUAUUACACGUCUUCAGCUGCUUAUGGGUCUCAAUCAGAAGAUAGCUGUGCAGGAUCCAUCCUUUCCGGCCUACAUAGACUCGAGUGUCAUUAUUGGUCAAUCUGGCAAGUUUGUGGAUGAAACUGGAAAGUAUAAAAACAUAGAAUACAUGACAUGUGGGCCUCAGAGUGACUUUUUUCCUGAUCUGCCUACCAUUUCAAGGACACAACUUAUUUUCUUUAAUUCUCCAAACAAUCCCACGGGUCAUGCAGCAACAAGGAAGCAAUUAGAGCAGCUUGUGGAUUUUGCCAAAGUGAAUGGAUCAAUCAUUAUUUUUGACUCUGCAUAUUCAGCAUAUAUAACUGAUGAUAGUCCUAAAUCAAUCUAUGAAAUUCCUGGAGCCAGAGAGGUUGCAAUUGAAGUGUCAUCCUUUUCGAAAUUUGCUGGCUUCACAGGUGUACGCCUUGGUUGGACAGUGGUUCCUGAAGAACUCUUAUAUUCAAAUGGCUUCCCUGUUGUGCAUGAUUUCAACCGCAUAAUGUGCACAUGUUUUAAUGGAGCAUCCAACAUUGUUCAAGCUGGUGGACUAGCAUGCCUUUCACUAGAGGGUUUAAGGGCUGUGCGGUCUCUUGUUGACUACUACAUGGAGAAUGCAAGGAUACUGGUUGAUGCUUUGACUUCUCUUGGUCUGACAGUGUACGGUGGUAAAAAUGCACCCUAUGUUUGGGUCCAUUUUCCUGGUUCAAAAUCUUGGAAUGUUUUUGCUGAAAUUCUUGAGAAGACACACAUAAUUACUGUCCCUGGCAGUGGUUUUGGUCCAGGUGGUGAAGAGUAUAUAAGAAUUAGUGCUUUCGGUCAGAGAGAUUCCGUCAUUGAAGCCUCACAGAGACUCAAAUACCUUCUCUAUCUCCAGGAAAACUAAUGCUAUAGUUCUAUCAGUUUUAUGAAUCUAUGCAUUAAAUUAAUAAAGCAAAAUGUCAAAACUGAGUGUUAACUACUUCUAGUUAUAAGAGGAUUCCCGUAAGAACUACACUUAUAAUAUAAUUAUUACAUCUUUGUAGUUAUAUAAAUAUAUGAUAAUGUUAUUUAAUAACAAAUAUGUCAUUAG